AUGGGGCUCGUCGAGCAACUAGCCGGAUUUUCUACAGAGGUGGCAGCCGCAAAAACACCGCUGCGCCCCCUUCUGAGCUCCAGGACACCAUUCUUAUGGACAGCCGACCACGACCACGCCUUCGAAGCGGUCAAGGCUGCUCUCGUGGCGCCACCUAUCCUAGCGCCAUUUGAUCUGGAGCUGGAGACGUCGCUGCAAGUCGACGCUUCUCGGAAGAACGGCAUGGGCUAUAAGCUGCUUCAGCGUCACGAAGACAUCUGGAAACUCGUCGACGCCAACUCCCGGUGGUGCACCGACACAGAAUCGCGUUAUGCCAUUGUGGAGCUGGAACCGGCAGCCGUCGAAUGGGCGAUGCGUAAGUGCCGCCUCUAUCUCCUUGGAUUACCAUCGUUUCAGCUGGUCGUGGACCAUCAGGCGUUGGUCACUAUCCUGGACAAAUACAAAUACACCCUGGACGUGGUAGAAAAUCCCAAACUCCAGCGCUUAAAGGAGCGGUUGUCCCCAUUUGUUUUUUCGACCAUAUGGCGGAAAGGACGGAGCCACUCCAUUCCGGACGCCCUUUCCAGGGCUCCUGUGAACGACCCGAGCCCCGACGACGAGAUUGCCAACGACGACGUCCAGUCUUUUGCCAGACGUGUGGUAAUCCGCCAGGUCAGCAGUAUACAACAGGCCAACGACGAGAUGGAGGAGGACGGCAUCGACGUGGAUGCUCACCUGUCCGACCCCAUGCUGGACGAAUUGAGAGCUGUAGCUGAAUCGGAUUCCGACUACGUCGAGCUCAUGGCGGCGAUAUCAACGGGAUUCCGGACACCACGCAAUCAAACAGCCCUGGGCGUUCGUCAAUAUUGGUCUGUCCGCGAAGAGCUAUCGGUAGACGACGGCCUCGUCCUCUUCGGCCGCGGCAUCAUCAUCCCACGUCUGGCCCGCCGGGAGUUAAUCAGAAAGCUCCACGCGGCCCAUCAGGGCAUCGUACGAAUGAAGCGCCGGGCGCGUCAAACCGUCUUUUGGCCGGGGAGCUGCGAGUAUUUAGACAAAGUGUAA